AUGGCGCUCAGCGCCGGCCUGCUCUUCACCAUAUCGGUCGCCAGCGCAACCAUAGCUAGGACUUCCGAGCACAUUCUUGAGUCCGAUCUGCCAGUACCGGAAUUUUGGGUGCACACCAUCGGAGAGAUAAUCCUGCAAGCGGUGUCGCUCAGCCUGAUGAUCAUCAUCUUCCUGCUGAUGUACAAGCUUCUGCCAAACACCAAGACGUACUGGCGUUACGUGUGGCCCGGCGCGGUAACUGGAGCUGUUCUGUUCGAGAUAUCCAAGAACUUCUUCAUCCUGUACCUGGACAGGUUCGCCUCGUACCAGAACGUGUACGGUUCCAUCGCUCCGGUGAUCGUACUGCUGUUCUGGACGUACGUGGGAAGCCUGAUUGUGCUGCUGGGCGCAGAGGUAUGCUCAGAGUACGAGCGUAUGAAGAAUAACGUCGACCGCGGCGUGUUGAGGCAACAGAGGGAGCAGGCCGCAAUGGCAGCAGAUCGGUCCGACAACGGCAUGGCUGAGGUGGAGGAACGUCAUUCUACGGUCCAGGGUGCCCAGCGUGAGCGAUAG